AUGUGGUCAGCACGACAGAUAUUGAUGGAAGACCAAAGGAAAGAGACCAGUCUACUAGUGGAACGAGACGACAGGGGGGAGUAUUGGCGAUAUCCCUUGUAUAAAGUAACUGGCCCACAUAAAAUAACUCCCCGAGACGUGCGCUUGAAGCAAACAGGAGACAAUCGACUAAUUGGCUUCAUGGAUUGCCUUGAUGAAACUAUGUUUGCAAUGGCAAGAAUAAAUCAUGUGCCACCAAAGAACAGACUAGCGGAAGAGGCAGCAAGGCUUGGUUACAGAGGGCGACGAGGUAAAUCCUAUCUGUACCAAGGCCACGAAUGGGUUCCUAUACCAGAAGACGAUGAAAAAAACUAUUGGCACUACCCUAAGGAAAACAAAGAACAAAAUGAAAUAUUAAAUGAAGUCCAAACUAGCGAUGAAGAAGAAUCAGAAGAAACAAAUGAAAAAAAGAGCACAAAUGAAAAAGAAAAUCCAGAUAACAGUAAAAAAAUAUUUAGUGAGAAAAAUGUGGAUCCGAGUUGCAUAAAAAUAGAGCCUGAAUUAUGGAAUGAUCCUAAACCAGAUCCAACUAAAAUAAAAAAUAAAAUGUUGUCUAUUGAAGAUUUGAGUGAAAUAGAUGCAAAUGAAACAAUUGAUAUUAACAACGCAUCAUUUAACAAAUCUGAUAAUUCCACGAAUAUAAUAAGAGAUAAUAUAUUAGAAACAGAUGCUAAGCAUGAAGAAAUGCAGAGAGCCGAAGACAUCAAAGAAAAGGACCCCCAAAAAAUAAAAGUAGAAGAAAAUAAAAUAGACGGCAAGAAAUUAACAGAUAAGCAAUCAGAAUAUAUAAAGGCAAACGAAAAUAUAAAAGAAGACAAGAAAUUAAAAGAUAAGCAAUCAGAAGAUGACAAACCAAUAAAUAAGCAAACAAAAGAAAAUGAAUCAGAAAAAGUUUUUGCAGAACUUAAGAAUGUAGAAAAAGCUAAACUAGAUAAGGAAUUAGACAGUAAAAAAGAAGAAGAAACGAAGGAACCAGAAUCGAAAAUAGAAAAUAAGAAAGGUGUAGAUAAGCAAAUAAUAGAAAAUAAAGAAGAAGAUACGAAAGCAAAAGAAAUUAAAAUAGAUGAUAAGAAAACAGCCGACAAUGAACUAAAAGCAAAGAAAGGAAAAGAUAAAAAAGCACCGAAGAAGGGAGAAAAGGCAAAGAACCCAAAAGAUAAAAAACAAAAACAAAAAGCAAAAGAGGAAGGUUGUGAAAUUUGUUAUGAUUCAUCAACUUCUAUGUACUCAACUCCUGAACCCUAUACUCCUACAGCAGUAAUGCUCACAAAGAAGGGAGCGGAGCGCGAGAGGGACACUGCGGGAGUCGGGGAUCGAGAGACGAUUUCCUGCAAGCGUAUCAUUCAGCGCGCGCCUCAAAGAAUCAAUAAACCGCCCCAAACGGGACCCUAUACUAUAGGGCUGAUGCCCAGCCAGGGUUGCGGGAACCUUGUUUGCAUCAAAGAGCAGAUCCAAGAUUCCUUAAGGUACAGCGGCCUCGACCUGGAGCAGGCGAUGGAACGGGAUGGUUUUUAG